AUGAAGCACAAGAGCGAGCUCAGCUCUUUCCCCACGGCGAACAAGCUGCUGAAGUUCGCUUUGAUCGGUCUCAUUGGGUGCCUGGGCUUGCUCUGUUUGUACUACGGGUGGUCUUUCGGGCCGGGCUCCCGGAGAUCCGACGAGGAGGCUUCUGGGUCCGAUGGAGUCGACCCGCUUUUCGGCGGGUUCGUUCUCCAUCACGAUUUGGAUGAUUUGCAUGACGACCAGGAGCACAACUCUGAGGUCCCCAAAAGCUUGCCUAUAUGCGAUUUACGGUUUUCGGAGUUGAUACCUUGUCUGGAUAGAAACCUUAUUUACCAACUGAGAUUAAAGCCGAAUUUGACGUUAAUGGAGCAUUACGAACGGCACUGCCCGCCUCCAGAGCGGCGUUAUAAUUGCUUGAUACCGCCCCCACUUGGUUAUAAGAUACCUAUAAGAUGGCCGGCAAGUAGAGAUGAAGUGUGGAAGGCCAACAUUCCCCACACCCAUCUUGCUCGAGAGAAGUCAGAUCAGAAUUGGAUGGUUGUGAAUGGGGACAAGAUCAAUUUUCCGGGUGGUGGGACACAUUUCCAUGAUGGAGCUGAUAAGUACAUUGUUGCUCUUUCCAGGAUGCUUAAAUUUCCUGGUGAUAAAUUCAAUAAUGGUGGAAAUAUCCGUAAUGUUCUCGAUGUGGGUUGUGGAGUUGCGAGUUUUGGGGCAUAUCUUCUUUCUCAUGACGUCAUAGCUCUGUCCCUUGCUCCAAAUGAUGUGCAUGAGAAUCAAAUACAAUUUGCACUAGAGAGGGGCAUUCCCUCUACUCUUGGUAUCUUGGGUACAAAAAGGCUUACUUAUCCAAGCAGAUCAUUUGAGCUGGCUCAUUGCUCUCGGUGUCGAAUAGAUUGGCUUCAAAGAGAUGGAAUCCUGUUAUUAGAGCUGGACAGAUUACUAAGACCUGGAGGGUAUUUUGUGUACACUUCUCCUGAAGCAUAUGCAAAUGAUCCGGAAAAUCGGAGGAUCUGGAAUGCUAUGUAUGAUCUUCUGAAAAGAAUGUGCUGGAGAGUUGUAACAAAGAAAGAGCAGAGUGUUGUAUGGGCCAAGCCACUGACUAAUAGUUGUUACUUAAAGAGAGAUUCUAGGACCCGGCCCCCUCUGUGCGAUUCCAAGGAUGACCCUGAUGCAAGUUGGAAUGUGAGCAUGAAGGCGUGCAUUUCUCGAUACUCUUCAAAGAUGCACAAGGAAAGAGGAAGUGGUCUAGCUCCUUGGCCACAGAGGCUUACCGCUGCACCGCCUCGCCUGGAAGAAAUUGGUGUCAGUCCUGAAGAAUUCCAAGAGGACACUAGCAUAUGGCACUUCAGAGUGAUUGAGUACUGGAAGCAGAUGAAGUCUGUCAUACAGAAAAAUUCAAUUAGAAAUGUUAUGGAUAUGAACUCAUACCUUGGUGGAUUUGCUGCUGCCCUGAAUGAAAAAGACGUCUGGGUGAUGAAUGUUGCUCCUGUCCUUGUAUCUGCCAGACUCAAGAUCAUCUACGAUCGAGGCUUAAUUGGAACUGUUCAUGACUGGUGUGAAGCAUUUUCUACGUAUCCACGUACAUAUGACCUUCUACAUGCGUGGGAAGUAUUCUCAGAGAUUGAUGAGCGGGGGUGCAGUACAGAGGAUCUACUGAUUGAAAUGGAUAGGAUACUCAGACCAGAUGGGUUUGUCAUCAUAAGAGACAAACCUGCUGUUAUAAACUAUAUUCGAAAGUUUGUGACUGCCUUGAAAUGGGAUGGCUGGUUAUCAGAAGUAGAACCACGGGUCGAUGCUCUUUCCUCAAGGGAUGAAAGAGUUUUGAUUGCUAGAAAGAAGUUGUGGGACGAGGGGACUUCAGAAAUGUGAUUCUGCUUUGCUUUUCAGAUAUGCUAGAUGCGGUAUUGGUGCAUGGCCCUGCUCAGGUCGUAGAGUGCAUAGAAAGAGGAAUGUCUCCAGUUACUGAUCGAGGCCAUGGUGUGCGUUGUUUCGUGAGCGUGAGAUGGUAGCGGUACACAGGGAUAGAGAUAUAGAUAUGUAGUUAGAAAAUGUGUGAAGUUAUGGUAGGAGAAGGUGCAACCUCAAUUGAAGAAAAACUUGAAUAACUAGGAGCUGUUCUGUAUUGGGAUAUAUUAUAGUAAUUGGAAAUUGGUUACAUGAACUCAA